UUGUCCGUUCGGUCCCGCUGUUUCGCGUGCGAGGAGCGCACUACGCGGCUUUGUCUUGGCGAGAACCGCCGCGGCUCUAACGAGGCCCGGCCUCUAUAUCGCGUGGAAGAAGGGACCCGCGGCGGAAUUGCGGGCCCGUGAGUGAUUCACGUUGCUUCUAAGACGAUCUCGCGCGCACCGAGAGCGAGAAUCGCCCGGAGCGACCGGUUGAUUGACGUUUAAACGAUCGAGAGGGAACAACGGAGAGGGUGCUGCUCGCGGAGGAAACAAUUGCCGCGCAGAUUUAUGGAUGAAGAGGGGCGGUGAAGGAAAGGGGGAGCAGUGUUGUUGUGUGCACCGGUAAAAUCGUCGGUGCGAUUUAUUUUUUUUUCUCUGUCUUUUAUCGUCAGUCGUCGAUCGAUGAAAACGGGAUUAUCGGGGUUCGCGGAGGAUCAGAAAGGCUCGUCGCGGAGAUCGAUGAGAGAAAUUGGUGCGGGGCAUCGUUCGACGACCUGCCAGGGGACCGUGAAACCUGUGCCGUGCCACUGAAACGACGACGGACAACCGGGGCCUGCGCGUGUCCGGUCGGGUUGACCGCGGAACCGUGAAAACUCGUCGCGUGCACAUCCGUUUUUCUGGAAUUCUAUGAAACAAGGGGAUUGUGAUGUAAGAGAUGCGUCGUGGUGACAUCGCGGCAACCGCGAUAGCCCUUCUCAUUCUUGGGCAGAUCCAGGGACCACGGCAGACAAGGGUGGUCGGAGCGGUGGUGGUCGGCGCAGCGGUUUGCGGCCGUAUUCCUGGGCUGGCGAAGAGUCAACGGGAGCAGUGCAGGAAAGCGCCGCACGCGAUGCCCGCGGUGGGCGAGGGCACGGAGCUCGGGCUCCGCGAGUGCCGGCAUCAGUUCAGACAUCACCGGUGGAACUGUUCCCACGUGGCCAACGAUCAGGUCUUCGGCCACGUGGUCGUUGUAGGAAGCAGGGAAGCAGCUUUCACGUACGCAAUAAGUUCAGCGGGUGUAACGUACGCUGUGACCGCAGCUUGCAGCAGGGGCAACAUCACGGCCUGCGGUUGCGAGCCUACCGUAAGGACGAGGAAGGAGUUACCACCGAACGGCUGGGAAUGGGGUGGCUGCAGCGCGGACGUUACCUACGGGAUGAGGUUCGCGCGUAGGUUUCUGGACGCGCGGGAGGUCGAGGGCGACGCGAGGAGCCUGAUGAACCUCCAUAAUAAUAAAGCUGGAAGGAAGAUAGUUAAAGCCCUCUUGCAAACGGAAUGCAAAUGCCAUGGCGUGUCCGGCUCUUGCACCGUGAGAACCUGCUGGCGAACCUUGCCUAGUUUUCGCCAGAUCGGCGACGCCCUCAUGAAAAAAUAUUACAGAGCCAGGCCCGUGGUAGCAAUUACCCCGCCGCCACCCCCUACGAUGCAGAGUUUAGACACGAUGCAUUCGACAUCAGCGGAAAUGGUGCCAAUUUUGGGCAACGACGCGAAAACCCAGGGAAAGCCAAACGACAUUGGAAAAUCUCGACACGACCGGCAACCCCCGAAGAAAGUCAGUAAACCGAGGCGGCCGCACUUGGUAUUAAAGAGAACGAAACCUAGCGGCGGAUCAGGCAUAGGACAGAAAAGAAUUCCAAAGAGAAGCGAGCUGGUUUUUCUGCAGCCUUCCCCUAAUUACUGCGAGCCGGACUUGGCUCAAGGCAGUCUAGGAACGCAGGGCAGAUAUUGUAAUCGUACUAGUAAAGGAACAGACGGAUGUGAUUUAAUGUGCUGUGGCCGCGGCUAUAACACACACCAGUUCACGAGAACGUGGCAGUGCAGAUGCAAAUUUCAUUGGUGCUGCCAAGUGCAUUGCGAGACAUGUACCGAGCGUACCGAAGAGUAUACGUGCAAAUAAACGUUUUAAUUGUGUUUGUAUCUUCGGCGUGCAGCGAUGUAAAUACAAUUAACGAAUACACGAAAACCAAUCCAAACUUUCAGCUUCACAGCUGAAAACAACUGAAUUCUGGUUUCAGCGUGAAAUUUCUGUAAAGUUAACGCGUAUGAUAACGAUAGCCGAUAGAGCGUUCAUUCUAUGCUUAAUUUAAUCAACUCGUGAACCUAAAGUCAGCAAGCUUUGUAAAAUUUCUAUUUGUUAUUUAACGUAGCAAACGAUGCUCCUAGUUCGUAGUUUCAUAGACCAGUAGCCUGUGAAUGUAUCUCGACAAUUAGGAUCAUGAAAUCGUGUGUGUCACCUCGAGCAGUUUGAAAUCGACGACCGAAGAGAAACGGCUUCGAGGAUGCCGAGAUCGACAGAGCUCGAGUUACCAUGUUCGGAUUCUUGAAAAAUGUAAGAAAAGAAUCGAAGAAAUUAACGAUAAACACGAGAAUGUAAUUAAAGCAAUCGUGAAGCAAGUUUCUUGAGAAGUCGACGCGAGAUUUUAAUUAUAAAUUAGAUAUUCGGUGAAAGUAUUAUUACAUUAAAUAUACAGUAUGUAUUUGUAUCCCACUCCACGUAAACCUAGAGACGAGAUGCCCUAAUAGGUUUAGGGCCGUCGCAUACUUACAUAACAACGUCGCUCCCAAAUGAAACCAGCUCAAUGUCAUACUUCUUAAUUUUUAUUACAUGUAGUUCAAAUAGGAAUGCUUCCAACCACCAUUGAAGUCACUGAUAAUGUGCUGCUACAGGUGGAUUCACUCCGUUUGAACUACGUAUAAAAAAAUUCGGAAGGGUGACGUUGACCUGGUAGCGUUCGGGUACGGCGUUAUUAACUCCUUGCACUCGACAGUUUUUCGCUAGAAAUAUUCAACAUCUUCUGUCGAGAAACAGACGAUGUUUGUUGAAAUUAAUUUAACAAUAGUUUACACAUAAAUUAAGAAAUAAAACUAUUUUAUCUGAAUACUUCAAUAUUAAACUUCAAUAUUAAAUAUUAAACUUUACGAUUUUACCGUAUCAAAUCAAAUGAUGACUAAGAAUCAUCUCUCAAAUGCAAAGGAUUAAGUAUACGACGACCUUUAAGCGGUGUAAUUUCCUCACUUCCUAUCUUCAGGUAUUCCGAGGAGUGGAUAACACUUCAAUGUCCCCAUCCUCCCCUUAAAUCCUUCUAAACCGUCCCCAUGCACGAAAAUACUCAAAGCGAAACGUUACCCAGGUUUAUCCUUCUGAGAUGGGUCCAUUAACGAUCGUAAGCGACUAUUACUUUAUCUGUAUUUGUUAGCUCGAUGACGCAAUACGUAGGUACAAGAAACGCGUUCCACGCGUUACAGACUAAUCGACUGCGUCGGCGUAAAUAAUAAGCAGCUAGCAACACUGUAUAAAUUUCGUUGUUCGUCUACAUAACGGGACACUUCGAAUAGGAUAAUAAAAUACCUCCGCCGUUAAUGGAUUUUUAUCAAGGUAGCGUAAUUAUAUCGCUGUCUUAGCGGCCCAGUGUUAUUAUACAGGCUUUCCACGUCUCGUAGAGUACAUAAAUUAUUAUUUAUUAAAGAAGCGAGCGUAAAUUAUAAGCGUAAGCGAUGUAUUUGCUUCCUUCGAUGACUAAUAAAUGGAAUUGCAUCUU